AGUUUCUCACAUAUAGUCGCGAUAAGAAAUAGCUCAUCUCCAACCCCAUGAAAACGUUCGCCCUCUACGUGUCCUUCCUCCAUCUCCUUUUUGCCCACGCCGGCGCCGCUCAGCACAGCCCGCCACCAUAUCUUGCUCCCGACUAUAUUCUCCUCAACUGUGGCUCCUCCUCCACGAAAUCAACCUCACCCGAUGGCCGGAACUGGGAGGGCGAUUCUCACUCAAAGUUCUCUCCCCACAAUAAUAUUCAAACUACCUCCAAUGCAUCCACACCCACCGAACAAAUCCCUUCUGUUGCCCAAGUUCCCUACAUGACCGCACGCAUCUUUCCCAACAACUUUACUUACUCCUUCCCUGUCUCUUCUGGCCUUAAGUUCGUUCGUCUUUACUUCUACCCCGCCACGUACGCCGCCGUCGAUAAAUCCAAGUCCUUCUUCUCCGUCACCGCCAAUGAUUUCACUCUCUUGAGAAACUUCAGUGCCUUCCUUACCAUCUUGGCUCUGGAACCUCCCGCAGCCGUCGUUGUCAAAGAAUUCAUAAUCCCCGUGUUGCGCACCCAGUGUCUCAACAUAACCUUUAUAUCUCUUAACUCCUACGCCUUCAUUAAUGGCAUAGAGGUCGUUUCUAUUCCGGAUAAUCUAUAUAUGAACAAUGCCCAUGGUACUGGAAUCAAGUUUGUAGAUUACAACACGCGCUUCUAUUUCGAUGGCACCACCGCUCUGGAGACCAUGUAUAGGCUAAACGUUGGGGGAAAGGAUGUCUCGGGCGUCGAGGAUACAGGAAUGUUCCGAUCAUGGGUUGACGACUCGCCGUAUGUGAUUGGCCAUUUCGGGAUUACAAUUUAUGAACUGCCUAAUGUCACCAUACAGUAUACGACGGAGAUACCGUCCUACACUGCGCCGGAGAUUGUGUACAAAACUUUUCGUUCAAUGGGUAGAAAUGUCACGGCCAACUUGAAUUCCAACCUCACGUGGAACUUCACGGUGGACGCGGGGUUUAACUAUCUCUUUAGGCUUCAUUUCUGCGAAACCGUGCAAGAGGUUGUGUACAAGAACGACCGUGUUUUUGAAAUAUUCAUCGAUAAUCAAACGGCGGAGACAGAUGCAGAUGUGAUAUCAUGGACCGGCAGCACUGGAAUUCCAGUGUACAAAGAUUAUAUUAUUUUAAUCCCUAAUGGAAACCAACGCAAACUAGAUUUGUUGUUGGCGCUACAUCCUAGUGUGCUUGAGAAACCACGAUACGUGGAUGCAUUGUUGAACGGUGUGGAAAUAUUUAAGUUGAACCGAUCGGACGGUUGUUUUGCUGGGCUCAACCUGGACGGAGUGGUGGUUCCCACAUCCCCGGAAGGCAACGAAAAAUUAACGGAAAGGAAAAAGAGGUUGCCAUUGAUAAUCAUUGUUAUCGGAGGUGUCAUUGGAGUCUUAAUAGCUACUUCCGUUAUUUGCAUCUUCAUUUUCCGGAGAAAUACUAGGGUCAAGGACUCUGGUUCUCGUACCAGCGAGUCCAGGUCCUCGUGGGUCUCAUUCCCCAAGGUACCUGGUUCCACAAACUCCCACGCUUCAUCAUUACAGUCGCACCAUUGCCGUAACUUCUUGCUCGUUGAAAUCAGAGUGGCCACGCGCAAUUUCGACGAAAAGUUAGUCAUUGGAUCAGGAGGAUUUGGUAUCGUGUACAAAGGAUAUAUUGACGGGGGCUCCACCACAGUUGCUAUUAAACGGUUGAACGCAUCUUCGAAGCAAGGGGUCCGUGAGUUCUGGACCGAGAUCGAGCUGCUCUCCCAGCUCCGUCAUGUCCAUCUCGUGCCGUUGAUCGGAUAUUGCGAAGACCAAGGUGAGAUGAUCCUCGUCUACGAUUUCAUGGCCCGUGGGACUCUCCGCGAGCAUCUCCACAAAACAAAGAACCCACCUCUUCCAUGGAAGCGGCGCCUCCAAAUUUGCAUCGGUGCCGCCCGUGGGCUGGAGUAUCUUCACUGUGGUGCGAAGAACACGAUCAUACACCGUGACGUGAAGUCAACGAACAUCCUGCUAGACGAGAAAUGGGUGGCCAAGGUUUCGGAUUUCGGGUUAUCCAGAUUGGGUCCCACCUGUACUCUUCAAAGCCACGUAAGCACAGUGGUGAGGGGUAGUUUCGGGUACGUGGACCCAGAAUACUACCGACGGCAGAAACUGACCGUGAAGUCUGAUGUGUACUCGUUUGGUGUGGUGUUACUCGAGAUCCUUUGUGGUCGGCCAGCUGUGGUCCGAGGUCUACCCAAGGACCAAGUCAGCCUUGCGGAGUGGGGACGCAAAUUCUAUCGAAGUGGGACCCUUAGUGAAAUCGUGGAUACAAAUGUGAAGGCCGAGAUCGCACCUGCGUGUUUGAAAAAGUUUGGGGAGAUUGUGGACCGUUGCUUGCGCUGUCAAGGAGAAGAACGGCCAAAUAUGAGCGACGUGUUGUGGGGUCUUGAGUUCGCAUUGCAGCUCCAAGAAUACGAAGACAACGCCGACAAGGAAAUCAACGAGUUGAACAUGGGCGGCCAAAUUGGGGUCGUUGAGGGCUCUGCCGGGACCAGCACCUCUGAUCCAGGUGGCGAGAUAUCUACCGUUGAUGAGAACGAUCUUUUCUCUGGUUCUGGUCAGCAUGUAUCAGACAAUGCGUAGAUCGUAUUAGACAAUGUGAUUAGUAUAGUUACUAUUUUCUGCAACUGUUGUAAUUGAUACCUUAAAAUAAUCAAAGCCCAAGUUGUAAAUGUACUCGUACACGAACUCAAGUCAAUCAUGUACCCUACUAGAUUUCUCGUUUUACAUUUUGUCAAAAAAAGCCCUCCUAUAAAAUUAAAGAUAUGUUUGUUUUGUAAAA